GCUGCGCCGCGGCCGGCGCGUGGCGAGCUCUAUCGCAGGAACAGGAGCAGCAAAAUGGGCUGCACGGCGUCUUCCUGCUCCGGCGACUCCCUCCACCUCGGCACUCUGCUGCGGGUCCAGGGCAGCCUCAUACCGAUCAGGACGACGACUACUCUGGAACCGCCGUCCCAGGAGCGCCGCGAGGCGAGUGCGUACCUGCUGACUCAGGCCGCGGACUCAUUCAACAGCAGGGAUAGGCGCGAGCCGCGAGCUGUGCUGGUCCACUUUGCCGGCGACGCCGAGGACGAUGUCUGGGUCUGUCAAGUCGUGCCACUGCGGGCGCCUUCUGUAGGCUGUGGCGACGGUUACUGCACGCGGGGCGUGAACUUGUGGUGCAGCAAGGCGAGCUACUGCGACGUGGUGGCGGGCGUGCGGCGGCCGCAGCGGCGCUGGCUGGGCCCCGUGCGCACCUCGGAGGCGGAGCUGCGCCGCAUGUGCCGCGCCAACAGGUUCAACCGGCGGCCGCGCGCCGCUGCCGCGCGCCAGCCCGCCGCCUGCCUGCUGGACCUGUGCGAGCGCCUCGGCGUCGCCGGCUCGCUGGCCAGCCUCCUCAGCUGA